AUGGUUUUCUACGCCGAGUACUUCAUGCUUUUGGGGUUUGCCCUGGUACUAAUACCACACGGCCAACAGAGCAGCCCCUUCUCACACGCCGGCGUAGUCAAGAAGAGCGAGGCACCGCUUCUGGGCUUGACAUCGGCGGCUGAGGGGAGCAUGUCGAUGAGUUCGGUCUUGGAGUUCAUGUCGUCUAUGGGCGUGCCUGUGGCAUCUUCUGCGGGCUCUGCACCUCCGGCUAUGGCUUCUGGUGCUGGUACCGGCGGUGGCGGCGCUGACGCGACUGCAUCGGGUGUGUCACCAGCAUCACCUGCGGAGUCAGUCGGCUUGGUGGCGGAUGAGGGACCGGAGUACGGUAACGUCAUUAUCAACAACCACUGCCAGGAAGAGUUUGAUCUAAACUCGGUCGCUGCCUAUACCCUGGGUGGUGACAGGUCCGAGGAGAAAGGAGGCAACGGAACCUGGGAUUUCUACCAAGAUCACGUCAAGCAUACUAUCGCAGUUGGAGGAAGCUACACAGAGCCUUUUCGCGUCACUUGCCCAGCCUAUGACGAUCAGCGCCGAGCCGACUACUGUGCGGAAUACGAUAAGCUGCGCGGUCAGAGUCCGGUAUUCAAGAUGUGGAAUCCCAGCAAGCCAGCGGAGAUUCUACAGUUUGAGUAUGGGCUGGUCCAGAACAAGACUGCUGGUGAUACGUAUCAGAAGCUCUGGUAUGGUAAGUGA